GUCCACUCUUAUUGGUAACGUAAAUGUACUUUUUGAGCGCUUUCCCGCGGUGAGUCAUUGUUUUGUUCAUAUUUACACAAGACAGCAAAUUUCUGUUAACUCUCGACUCACUGGAAUAUCGAAAAAUAUAAUUAUGAUAAUUUGGCAGGGCUACGCAGACGCUUUAAAUCUUUAGCGUGUUAUAUAAGAGAUUAUGUGCGUUGCCGUGACAGAUGAUAGCUGUUAUAUAACGAUAAUUCAUCUUUAGCAGUGAGUUUUUUUUUUAAUCUAAAUGUAAUCCAUUCGGGAAACCUAUUAAACAGAGGUUUAUUUUGUACUAUGAAAUUUCCAGAACACACUACACAACGCUUAAUACGCUGUGACACAAAUCUUCAUUGCUGUAUUAACCUUUUCCAGUUUAUUCCAAAAGUCAUAGUAAUAUUGCAAAUUUAAUCACGGAUAACUUUUUACUUUCAAUAUGUUGAUUUGAUUUGUACACUUAGAAAUGCGUGUUUUUUUUUUUUCAAUUUUAUUGCGGCAAAGUGAUAAAAGUGAAGCAAUAACUAUCUUAAAUUAGUAAAACAUCUUUGUUCAUAAAAACGACAAAUGACAUGGCAACGAAAUACUGCUUGCUAAAAGCGUUUUCUAGGGUUUUGUUAAAGUGUCAGUAGUCCUUAAUAAAUUUAUGAUAAUAAAUGAAACAUGACUAAUUGUUGACUUGGACUAAAAGCGUUGAAUGGUUACAUUUAUAAACGCCUAUUUCUUUUCGCGCAGCAACACAAAGAGCAGUAAUUAUCUUGACUGAGUCAAACAUCUUCGGUCAUGGAAGUGACUUAUGCCGUACAUUGGAAAUCGCGGUCGUAAAGUCAGAAUCCAAACGAUCCCCGGGGCGUCGGUAGUCUUGUCAAAGUACUUCUCGCUAAAAAUUACAAUUUAACCAAACAUAUUUUCAAUUCUAAAGACACCCAAACGCGACUUUAGUGAUACUGGGACCACUUGACAUGUGAGUCAAAUGCCGCCUUUGUAAAAGUCUUACGUAGCCGACACUGGGGGCAAAACAGUGGGGUCUAAAUAAAUGCUAGUUUUUAGCCUCAGCAGCCCCUUUGUCCACUGCACAAAUAGAAGCGAUACUAUUGAAACUACUGCAUCGAUGUUCUGACCCAUUUUUUUUAUAACGUAACGUGAGGUCAGUGUGUUGUCUGACGUCCUAUGGAAGCUUAGUGAUGGCGUGGCAUUAAGGCUUCGCGGCAGACGUGUCUGCGUUUCCCGGAUAAGCGGCGUCAAGCGAGCGGUUGAGCCUCAGCUCGCCAUGGAAGACGAAGCGCUCGAGCAGAUAGUCAGCGCCUUCAACUGGCUGGUGUCGUGGGUGGCGGCCGGGGCCAUGAUGUUCGGCGGGGUGGUUCCCUACAUCCCCCAGUACCGGGACAUCCGGCGCACGCAGAACGCCGAAGGCUUCUCAACUUACGUGUGCUUGGUCCUGCUGGUGGCCAACAUCCUGCGAAUCCUCUUCAGAUUCGGCCACUACUUUGAGACGCUGCUGCUGUGGCAGAGCAUCAUCAUGAUCGCGACCAUGCUGGCCAUGCUCAACCUGUGCACCAACGUCCGGGUGAACGCCGAGCUCAACACCAAAAGGCGUGCCUUCCUAGCCUCGGACAUUAAGGACGAGGAGUUCCGAAUCCCUAAGAGGCUUUUUCUGGACUUCGACUGGAGCCACUUCUGGUCGUGGAGCCGCUUUCUGGACUACGUGCAGUGCGUGGCGGCGUUCACGCUGACGGCGGCCUACAUCACGUACGUGCUGCUGGACUCGGCCGUGUUCGUGGAGACGCUGGGCUUCCUGGCCGUCUUCAGCGAGGCCAUGCUGGGAACGCCGCAGCUCUACUGCAACUACCAGAACAAGUCCACGGAAGGCAUGAGCAUCAAGAUGGUGCUGAUGUGGACGAGCGGUGACACCUUCAAAACGGGCUACUUCCUGCUCACCCAGGCGCCCGUGCAGUUCUGGACUUGCGGCAUGCUGCAGGUCCUGGUGGACUUUGCCAUCCUGUUCCAGGUUUACUAUUAUAGCGUGUACCCACAGAAGCUGUCGCACAACGCGUCACACACCGGCAGCGCUAAAGCCCUCUGAGAAGAACUUUCACAGGAAAUGGUCUUGGUGUCUUCACCAUUGCCUCCAGAUGUUGUUACAAGGAAAACCCAAAGUGGUUUGGAAUAUUUCGGAAGUUGCAUAAAUUCUGUUACGACCCCAGAAGUCAGAUGAUUCCUGGAUUGAUUCCUGGAUCGAUACAUAGCAGCAACAUGGGGGAAAAAAAUAACAGAACAGUGGCAGCUUUUGGAGGACGUGUAUUUAUGCCAAGAAAAGGGUCCAUUUUCAAAACUGGUCCCACGAGGCAUUAGAAGCAUCCAAUUACACCUCAAAACCUAACCCACACUAACGCAAACCUUUACCCCCUAGCUCCAUUUUAUUUUUUUAUGGGCGGGAGACUAAUCCAAUCAUGUGUUUGUGUGAAAGCAGCACACACGGAAAGUCUUUGUACUCCGUUUAGUGAACUCUGCAAACCAGACUCAAAGUAACGUGGAGAGUGACUGUUGCAUGCCCCCCCCUACACACACACACACACACACACACACUGCCUUAAAACGCACCCUCAGACACGGCUCGCUGCUCGCUCAAUUCACUUAAUAUGCGUUACUGAAUGUAUCAAAUGGCAUUUGCUCUUUUUGGUUUCACCCAAUGUUUUUUCUUUUUCGACACGGUGGAGAAAUGCGUGUCCGUUUUACCACUUUCAACCCCCCCAUCCUCCCAAUGAAGUAUUUCCACCGAGAGCAAUGGCCGGAGGUGUGAAAGAAGAGCCACAAAUGAAUCGACUGCCCGGUGAGUUCUGCUCACCGCAGGUGUCAAAGACCUACAAGUCAUAUAAGUUUAUCUUCUCAGCCAUCACGCUACCAGACCAUUUGAUUCCCUCCUCCCCCAAGUUUCAUAACUCCCCUGGUCCACAUCAUUUCAUCUGGCUAUGUUUCAUUUCCUAACAUGAAAAUUCAUUUCUUGUUCUGUGGAAGUGAGUGUGAACAGCCCACGUAAAUAUUAAUAAUUUAAUUUAAUUAUUAUUAUUAUUAUUUCCCAAUCAGCCAGAUCCUGCCCGCCCCUCAGCCUCCAACCUCUGUUCACUAUUAAUCAUGUUGGCUCCUCGCUGAACCCGCUCACAUCCUCCGCAGAAAUGUAUUUAUCUAGAAAAUGUUAGCUUUUUUUUUUUUUUUUUUUUUAAUUCAUACGGGUGCGAAUACCCGACAGGUUCUCAUUUUGAACCACAGAGUCGAACUCAGUUUGAUUCUGUUUGUUUUCCUCCCCAUCGGAAUUAUGAUUAUUUUCUAUAACCAUCUGUUUAAAAUAGAGAUGGCAAAGUUUUGCAUUCACCUUGUUCAAUGCUAUACCAAAAAUAUGCUUUUUUUUUUUUUAAACAUUCUAUGUUACAUAUAUUUUCACAGACGGUCUUUUGUUUACAUCUGGAACAUUACCAACAUUGGAGUGGGAAAAAAUGAGCAAAUAAAGGAGACGUGAAGAUAUUUUGUGGAAUUGUUUGCAUAGCAGGCACAAAAUUAGGCACACCAAUAAUUAUGUAUUGAAUUUUCUUGUAUUAUGCAGGUGCGCUUUGCCUCUACCUUCGAGCCAAUUUUAUAUAUAUAAAAAAAAAUUGUGAUUAGUCAUUUAUGACUUUCCACCUGUAAAGAUGUUACUCUGCUGCAUCGUUGGUUAUGAAUGUAUAUACAUUUAUUGAAAGAGUAUUUAAGAUCCUAACAAUUUGGUUUCAUCAUGUUUUUUUUUCUUUUUGUAUGUUACAGUGGAACUAUAAAGUCUACACACCCCUGUUCAAAUGCCAGGUUUUUGUGAUACCACAUCAAGAUACAUCAUUUGUAAACCUGUUCAGCUCAAUCAAAAAAACUUUUUGAGACAGUGGGUAAAAAAAUAAAAUACAAUUCUGAAAUACUCUUAUAAAGGCUUAAAGGGAUAUUAUUUCACCUCAAAUAUGAAAAUGAGAGCCAAAACAUAGUAGAAGCGAGUGGAAAUGGAGAUGGAAACUCUUACAUAAGUGAAUUGUGCUUGAACUGUCAAAUGUAAACUGGGUCGGCCGUUCUGAACACAAAGUCAGGAGCAGCAGUAGAUGUCCGCCCCGAAAGUUCUCCUAGCAGCUCUUUUAAAAAUCGUGCUUGUGUUGCUUCAAACGUGCUUUUCGCAGAGAUCACGUUUAACCGGAGGAACGUCACAAAAGACUCUCGGCGGAAGGGGGGGAAGAAGAAGAAGAAAAAAAAAAACCCUUUACAACUCUGAAAGUAAAAGAUGCAGGACAUGUUUUUUUAAUUAUAGUGCAAGAAAAUGGGCGUGAACAAAUAGACUUGGCAAAAGAUGGCAUAACGGACCACUUUUUACCCUAUGUGCCCUUAUGUAUGCGGCCACUGUAGAGCUCGCGCACGUGAUUGUCACGGCGCCAUAUUGCCGGUCAAAAAGAGCUGCUCGACAGUGUGGGGGACAUUGAACUGGAGCAGAAUAUACACAAUGCCCGAGACUUGUUGUGCUGUUGGUUGCUACAACAGACGAGACAAAUAUUCAAAGAGGUCAUUCUAUAGAAUACCAUCUGAAAAGACUGGAACAUAUCGAUGCAUUUUGGCUGUUAAACGUGACGGAUGGUGCCCAACCAAAAUACGCACGACCAUUAUUCUUCUCAAUCUCAAAUUACCAAGAAGUAUUUAUAAUGGCAAGUUGGCUCAUUUGAGAAUAACGUGUUUAAAAAGAAAAAAACAACAGGGAGUCGUCUCCGACGUACACGGAAGCGUGUUGCUGCCAUACGUUAAACUUCGGUAAAACUCUCCCCGACAGACUUUUUUUUUUUUUAAUGUGUUGUUCUCAAAUGAGUCCAAUGCGUAUUUAAAAAAAGAAAAUAAACCCUUGGUUGUCUGUAAUUUACAGACGUUUACAUAGGUUAAUGUGUGGCCGCAGCACACUUCCGUGUACGGAGGAGCUGACUCGCUGUCUUUUUUAUUUUCCAAUGAUAGUUAAUGAAUGUGAGUUUGUGUAAAACCAGGGGUCAU